GCGUUUCGCAGAGUCCCACCCAUCUCCGGGCGAGAAGGUAGACGAGGGAUGGGUUGUGGAGAGAGAUAGCGAGUGAGGUAGGCUAGUUGGCAAGUUAGAACGAUAGAGGAAAGAAGGGACGGAAAUAAAAAAGAAUUUAUAGAACGAGGAAGCAUACAUUGGUGCAGGAACAUCACAUUGUAAUUUUAAGAAUUGAGCGCGGGUUUGUGUGUUUCAUGUUCGCCGGCUCUUGCUGAUGAAGUAAGGCUAACUCGCUCCCCUCCGUGUGGGAUCGGUGACCUACCUCCUCCCAGCCCUGCCAGAGCCGCUGCCUGUCCAUCAUGCCGUUCUUUGGAAAGUCGCACAAGAACCCCGCUGAGAUCGUCAAGAGCUUAAAGGAGAAUGUAGCAUAUUUGGAAAAGCUGGAGGCAUCUGAGAGCAAGAAGUGUGAGAAGGUAGCGGAGGAGGUGUCAAAGAGCCUGGCCUCCCUGAAGGAGGUGCUGUGUGGCACAAGCGAGAAGGAGCCGCAGACGGAGACCGUGGCUCAGCUGGCCCAGGAGCUGUACAACACCAACCUGCUCAUCGCCCUCAUCGCCAACCUCCAGAGGAUCGACUUUGAGGGGAAGAAGGAUGUGGUCCAGCUGUUCAGCAACAUUGUGCGACGUCAGAUAGGCACACGCACGCCAACUGUGGAGUACAUCUCCUCACACCCACAGAUCCUCUUCAUGCUGCUGAAAGGGUAUGAAAGUGCAGAGGUGGCCCUGAACUGUGGCAUGAUGCUUCGGGAGUGUCUGCGGCACGAGCCCCUUGCUCGCAUCGUGCUCUUCUCCGAGGAAUUCUUCUGCUUCUUCCACUACGUAGAGCUCUCCACCUUCGACAUCGCCUCAGACGCCUUCGCUUCCUUCAAGGAUCUACUUACAAGACACAAGAUAAUGUGUGCUGAUUUCCUGGAGACAAAUUACGACCGAGUGUUUACAGAAUAUGAGAAGCUCCUGCAUUCAGAAAAUUAUGUCACCAAACGUCAAUCUUUAAAGCUCCUGGGAGAGCUGCUCUUGGACAGACACAAUUUCACGGUCAUGACCAAAUACAUCAGCCGUGCAGAGAACCUGAAGCUAAUGAUGAACAUGCUGCGAGACAACAGUCGCAACAUCCAGUUUGAGGCCUUCCAUGUCUUCAAGGUGUUUGUUGCCAACCCUAACAAGACUCAGCCAGUGCUGGAUAUCCUGCUGAAGAACCAGGCCAAGCUCGUGGAGUUCCUGAGCCGUUUCCAGAGAGACCGGACCGAGGACGACCAGUUUUGUGAUGAGAAGAACUACCUGAUCAAGCAAAUCAGGGACCUCAAGCGGCCCACACCUCAGGGAGAGGCUUAGCACGAGGGGCCAAAGGGUUAGGGGCCAAUCUGACCGGUGGAAGUAAGGGUGCGGGGUGGGGGUUAUGCUGAGGCCGAACAGAGAAUUUGUGUGGGGGUGUGGUAAGAGAUGAGGUGAUGGGUUAUUUGGAGGAGUGUGGAAAUAAUAUGGCUGUGGGAGAUGGUAGCCCUCCUCCUCUUCACCUUCAUCAUAAGAUUCACACUGAAGGAAUGAACAAGGAGAGGAGCGGUUCACAUCUCCAAUGGCUAAAAUGUGUUUUUGCCAAAUCCAGCUUCAGCAAAAGGUGCAAUCCAGUGCUACAUUUCUCUACAUCACCAAAUGUACUAUGGAUAUAUUUCUGCUGAGAGCACAUUCCAUGCCACAUGUAUGUACUGAUUCCAAGAGAUAUUUCUCAUGAAAUCUUCUACUCAAUGGCGAUGAUAACAUUAAGGCAAUGUGUUUUUCUCUGAAUAUGUUGUGGAAGUCCCUCAUCAACUGUACAUUCAAUGUACAUUCUUUAGAGUAUUAAUAAAAGCUUUCAUGGAA